CACAACACUGUUUCUCAGAGUAAAGAGUAGAAUACCUUAAAACCGGUUUAAUCAAGCCGGUUUAGUGCUAAAUGGAUAAUCUACUCUGCGAAGAGUCAUGGCCCUCGAGUCCAUUAACCCCGGAGCCUUUACCAGACUUCCGUCACAGUUCUCACGACAAUGACGUCGUGGCGAUGUAUCCAGAGAUAGACGCAGCGACGAUGGAGGAAGCCAUUGCUAUGGACUUAGAGAAAGAGUUAAGUUUUAGUAAUCAUGGAGACAAGUUUGUUGAGUUUUUCGUGUCUAAGAAGUUAACCGAUUAUAGGUUUCAAGCCGUACAAUGGCUAAUCCAGACUCGGAAUAGGCUAAAUCUUUCAUUUGAAACGGUAUUUUCCGCCGUAAGUUGUUUUGAUCGGUUUGUCUAUAUGACUUGUUGUGACGAAUGGACGAAUUGGAUGGUGGAACUAAUUGUGGUAACUUCAUUAUCGAUCGCAUCAAAGUUCAAUGAAGUUACAACUCCGUUACUCGAAGAACUUGAAAUGGAAGAUUUGAAGAUGCUUCAUUAUCCACCAAGCGUUGUGGCAGCUGCAGCUAUGUGGAAUGUUCUGGAUGAAGAUAGUCUGCAAGAUAGUAUCAUGAAUCUCUUUGGACAAGAACAGAAGGAGAAAAUUGAGAAAUGUGUCGAUAUGAUGAAAAAUCGAAACACCGAUCAUCAGUUGUCUAUAAGAACAUCAUGUGAAGGGAAAAGUAUUUUGAGGUUGUUGCAGAGAGGUGAUGUGAUGAACAUGAAAGGCCAUGGUCGGAGGCAGAAUCUCUGUUUCAGUCGUAAGCAACAAUCUGUUGUUGUCCGAGCCGCCAAACUUCCUGAAGGAGUGAUAUUGCCAAAAGUACAACCCAAAUCUCAACCUGCGUUUCUGGGAUUCACACAAACAGCUGAGAUAUGGAACUCAAGAGCUUGCAUGAUUGGACUCAUUGGUACUUUCAUCGUCGAACUGAUUCUGAACAAGGGAAUACUUGAAGUGAUCGGUGUAGAGAUUGGGAAAGGGCUUGAUCUUCCUCUAUAAUGUAACACUGUGUGUGUUCUUUCCAACAAAACAUCUUAUGAAAU